AUGGUGGAGGAGGUGGUGGUGGAGGGGUUGGGGGAGGGCGGUUUCUGUGUGCCCGACUGGGCGACUGGCGAGGCGAUGUCUGCCUGCCAUCGGGAUCCAUUUCUCGAUCGAUUCGUGUACGAAGAGCACGCGAUUCUAGAAAAUUAUUUUGUAAAUACCAAUGGCUGUAGGAUUAUGACAACGUCUCCUUACUGUCCGGAUGUCCGGUAUCAUUGGUGGGAAUUGAGGAAUUACAUCUGUCCCAGUGAGGGAUUUGUGGAGAGCAUCCAUAAUGAGAGUGGCAAGUAUCUCAAGACGCGAGAUGACAAUAGAACGGAUCUGAACUGCUCUUAUUAUGUGGUGGAACGAAAGACAGACUUUGAGAAUCGGCUGCUGUAUCACCAGGAAAUAGAGAUGUUGGAUAGAAGGUCCUUUGAGAUGGAAGUCCAUGGGGAUAUUGUGCGUGCAGUGUGCUUCAAUGGAUCGGAUUUCUAUAAUGGAGUGCACUUCUUUGUGAAGAAACCUUCAGUGAAAAGGAGACGCCGUCAAGGAUUGCCCAAACUUCAGUCUGCCACCUCUCCGGAUAGCCUUUCUGUGUUGAUCCUGGGCCUGGAUUCGGUCUCCCAUCUGCACUUUCUGCGUGCCAUGGUCCAUACGUACGCUUUCCUGCAGAACCUGCCGCAUGUGGAGUUCAUGGGCUUCAGUCGCGUGGGCAGCAGCUCAUUUGAGAGCAUGAUUCCCCUGUUAACGGGCUGGAACAGCCAGGAGAUCAAGGACUUCUGCUUGGAUUCCAAAAGAGGCCUCGAUAGGUGUCCCUUCCUCUGGAAAAUGUUCCAAAAUGCCGGCUACGAAACGGCCUUCGGGGAGGAUAAUAUAGACAUGGGCCUGUUUACCCUGGAUAAACCAGGUUUUGAGCAUCAGCCCACGGAUUAUUAUCUGCGUCCUGCGCUCCUGGAGAUGUGGCAGCAGACCAGGAAGAAGAUACGCCAUGGGGCAUACUGCAAUGAGGAGGAUACGUAUGCCACGGUCCUGCUGAACUUUCUCUACAAACAGUUGCCCCUUCAUGAGAGACACCGCUUCUUCUCGUUUCUCUGGUGGACUCAAGGGAUACACGCCGUCUUCCAAUAUGGCAGGGUACUGGACAAACCCUUUCUCGAGAUGUUUCAAAAGUUAAUGGCGAGGGGAAUCCUUAAUAAUACACUUAUUUUGUUUGUGUCCAACUAUGGCUUGAAGGAUGGAGACUCCAAUACCUUCUCAGCGACCAAUCAGGCUCAAAUGGAGGUUAGUCAGCCUCUGGCCAUCAUUUCCUACCCCGAAUGGCUAGAAGAGCGGUAUCCUUUGGCUGUAAAGAAUCUGAAAAUGAAUAGCAGGCGACUGGUAACCGCCUACGAUCUUCAUGCCACCCUUUUGGACAUGCCCCACCUGGCAGCCCUGGAGGAUCAAGAGAUUCGCCUGCGCAGCCAGCAGUUGGAGAGCCCUUUGUUGAAAGAGGAUCUCCCAAGAGGGAUAAGUCUGUUCCUGCCAAUACCCGAACAGCGAGACUGUUCGAUGGCCCACAUACCCGCAGAGUACUGCAUGUGCCACAAGCCCUCGAGUAUCCCUUUCAAGGAUAUCAAUGUUGUACGCGCUGCCCGUUUUAUCAUCCUGCAGAUCAACAAACUGGUGGCAUCCAAUCAUCCGCCGUGUCAGCUGUUGUCUUUGGAUCGCGUGCUUGCCGCAGAGCUGUGGCAUCGAUCGCUGGAUCAACAUCAGUCCGAGAUCAGGCUUCAAGUGCAAACGCUGCCUGGUUUGGGACAAUUCGAGGGUGUGGUACGGUUUACGGACUAUACUUUUGCCUUGAAUGGACCCAUAAGACGAUUGAACGAGGAUGCGAAUGAAAGUUCCUAUUGUAUACAGAAUAUUUUGAUAGAAAAAUAUUGCUUUUGUCGGUGA